CCCCCCUGUGGUCGCUGUGUGGUGUUGUUGUGUGAUCGAUUGUGCGGUGAUCGAUUGCUCCUGCCUGCACAGUCACAACCAACAGAGCCCAGAGCGCAGAGAUGGCCGCGCUAGCAUCGCCGCUCCGAGUCUGCAGAGGAAUCCUGAAGGAGCUGCGGAUCGUCCAGGGACCGGGUUACAAAAAGUCUCUGGCCUACAGCUACGUCCUGGACCAGUACCGGAAGAACAAGGUAACAGGAGAAAGGUACUGUCGGGCCCAGCAGGAGGCUCACCAUGACGCACACACCUACCUGUGUUUGUUGGCCUCCACCAGGAACCACAUGAUUCUGCACAACCUCUAUCACGGCAAGGGAGAACGCAGCCCGCAGGAGGCGGCCGGCAUGGUGGGGCUCAGGCUGCCCACUCAGCCGGGAGGUAAAGGCUGGGAGAAGUGAGGACGUGGGAGGGUGCGACAUCCGAGGGACACGUUGACUCUCUGUAGAAAAGACUUUUUCUGUGGCGGAUCCAUCCGGUCCUGGAAACACACACGGCAAAGUAUUUGGCAGGUUUGGAGGUUUCACCGUGAUGGACUGAUGGAGGAGACUUCCUGUCUUCCUGUUCUGUUCCUCUAUCAGUCUAAGGGAAUAAACACGAGGAGGAUGUGAUCAGAGAGAGUUUAAAGUGACUGUGAAACAUGUAGUCUGAUGAUUAUCUGUUAAACUGUAAAUAUAACAAACAUGUAACAUCCACACCCUGAUUUAUCUGUUAUCUUCCAAACUGUUAACAAGCAUUUAAAGGGACUGUACGUACAUUUCUGUUUCAUCUAUUUGUCCCAUUAAAAUCUGUCUCUUAA